AUGUUUCAAUGCAUUAGUGAUGAGCCGACCACUGGUUUGGACUCAUUUAUGGCCAAAAGUAUAGUACAAGUGCUGAAGACUAUGGCAUCGGAGGGACGGACUGUCAUCUGUACUAUACAUCAGCCCUCGUCUCCAGUCUUUCAACUCUUCGACAUACAAGUGCUGAAGACUAUGGCAUCGGAGGGACGGACUGUCAUCUGUACUAUACAUCAGCCCUCGUCUCCAGUCUUUCAACUCUUCGACAGUCUAUUACUUAUGGCCGACGGAAGGGUAGCCUUCAUGGGGUCCAUCGGUUUGUCCCAGAACCUACAAUCCAUCGGAUUAUUAUUUACGGGAAUUGGUAAUUAUGCGCAAACCAAAAGCAAAGUCAAUGAAAUAUGCGACAAUUAUCUCGAAUGGACUGCAAAUAACGUUAACUCUGGAUAUAAUGUGGAUAAUAUAUCUGAUUUAAACAUGCAAACUCUGGGGUCGGGCUAUAGGGCCGGUUAUUGGCAACAACUGGGAUACGACUACUCCAACGUCGAUAAUAUCACCGGGGCCCUCAUUGCGAUAUUAACAAAAAAUAUGGGAUCCCAUUCAACCAUCGCACUCACUACAUUAGUAGGAGAAGAAGCCUUACUUUUUAGGGAACACCACAACCGUACGUACGCUUUGUUCCCAUAUAUAUUGGCCACCAUUAUUAUACAGGUUUACUAA